AUGGCCAAGUGGGGUGAGGGCGACCCACGCUGGAUCGUGGAGGAGCGGGCGGACGCCACUAACGUCAACAACUGGCAUUGGACGGAGAGGGAUGCUUCAAAUUGGUCCACAGAUAAGCUGAAGACGCUGUUCUUGGCAGUGCGGGUGCAAAACGAGGAAGGCAAGUGUGAAGUGACGGAAGUGAGCAAGCUUGAUGGAGAGGCAUCCAUUAACAAUCGCAAAGGCAAGCUGAUCUUCUUUUAUGAAUGGAGCAUCAAACUGAACUGGACAGGUACCUCUAAGUCAGGAGUGCAGUACAAGGGGCAUGUGGAGAUCCCCAACUUAUCUGAUGAAAACAGCGUGGAUGAAGUGGAGAUUUGUGUGAGCCUGGCCAAAGAUGAGCCUGACACCAAUCUCGUGGCCUUAAUGAAGGCAGAAGGGGUGAAACUUCUCAGAGAAGCAGUGGGAAUUUAUAUCAGCACCCUCAAAACAGAGUUCACGCAGGGCAUGAUCUUGCCUACAGUGAAUGGAGAGUCAGUAGAUACCACCAGACAACCAGCACUGAAAGCGGAGGAGCGGAAGGCUACUAAGUCUGCUCCUUCGAAAACCCAGGCCAGGCCUGUUGGUGUAAGAAUCCCCACUUGUAAGAUCACCCUUAAAGAAACCUUUCUGACAUCACCAGAAGAGCUUUAUAGAGUAUUCACUACCCAGGAGCUCGUUCAAGCCUUUACCCAUGCUCCUGCCGUGUUAGAAGCAGAUAAAGGUGGGAAGUUUCACAUGGUAGAUGGCAACGUCUCUGGGGAAUUCACUGAUCUGGUCCCGGAGAAACACAUUGUAAUGAAGUGGAGGUUUAAAUCUUGGCCGGAGGGGCACUUUGCCACCAUCACUUUAACCUUCAUUGACAAGAGUGGAGAGACUGAGCUGCGCAUGGAAGGGCGUGGCAUCCCUGCUCCUGAGGAAGAGCGGACAAGGCAGGGCUGGCAGCGGUACUAUUUUGAGGGCAUCAAGCAGACCUUUGGCUACGGCGCACGCUUAUUUUAG